UUUUCUUCUCUUUCCUUUCUUUCCGGUUUAGGACUCUGUGAAGUGUGCUUGUUCUCGAUUUCGAGCUAAGGCCAAAUUUUAGAAAAACUAAACAUUUAAUUUUUGGCAACUUGCACCAAUUAUUAAAUAAAAAACAAACUAAAACAACAUGUCAACCACUGCUGAACUCGCUUGCGUCUAUGCUUCCCUCAUCUUGGUCGAUGAUGAUGUAGCCAUCACUGGUGAAAAAAUCUCGACUGUCUUGAAGGCCGCCAACGUUGAUGUUGAACCUUACUGGCCCGGUUUGUUCGCCAAGGCUUUGGAAGGUGUCAAUGUUAAGGAUUUGAUCACCGCCAUCGGAUCCGGUGCUGGCGCUGCCCCAGCUGCUGCUGCUCCCGCCGCCGGCGGUGCUGCCCCAGCUGCUGCUGAAGCCAAAAAGGAAGAAAAGAAGAAGGAAGAAGAACCCGAAGAGUCCGAUGACGAUAUGGGCUUUGCUCUCUUCGAUUAAACU